AUGAACAAUAUUGGAACAUAUAAAAUAAAAAAGAAACAAAUAAAACUAGUUCAAAAAGAAGAAAGGCAAAAAGAAUCUAAACCUAGAAGAAUUAGAAAAAAGAAAAGUAAAUUAGUUAGUAACUUACUUGGAGAACUGUCUAUAGUUGAGCUAGGAGAAUUAAUUGAUAAUUAUUCAGAAAUCCUAAUACCUUAG